AGCGAAGCAGCCACUGACAUAGCUUCCUUCUGUUUCUGCCAGAAGAAAAGGAAUAUCUCACUACUAACUAAACAUAAAAUCCUCGACAUGACUGAAAGCAACAGAAGUACUUACUGCGCAUUUAUGUUCGACGACGAUGAAAGACGUAAGUCGAUGUUUGCUACAAAUGUUGCCCUACUUGUGUUGAAUUGUGUCUUUUCAUUGACAGCAACAUUUCAAAACGUGCCAGUGGUUUACGCGAUUCUCCGAACGCCGACUCUGCACAAUCCUCCGAACAUCCUUCUGUGCUCGCUUGCCUUUACGGAUCUUUUCGUUGGCUGCAUUGUGCAACCGCUCUCUAUCGCCCACACUGCUGUGCUUAUUAGUGGAAAACCCUUUUCGUGCACGUUGUGGCACGCUAAAGAAACCCUUCUGUUGCUGUUCAUGUACGUCUCGAUGGUGACAUUGGUCACGAUAAGCACAGAGCGCUGGCUGGCUCUCCAUUAUCACCUCAGAUAUCAUCAAAUUGUAACUGUGCGCCGAACGCUUUUGGUAAUCGCAAUUACAUGGUUUUGCUCCACGACGAGUGUAAUCUCCUGGCCCUCAGGUUUGGAUUUUCCAGCGUUCACAGCAUUGGGUCUAGCUGUUAUCACUAUAGCUGCAAUUGUGCUAGUUUUCAUGUACGUUAGAAUAUUGCUAAUACUGCGUCGCCACAGAAGUCUCAUCAAAAACCAGGCAAAGUUGCAUCCUCCGUCAGUGAACAUCAGAAAACACAGAAAAUCAUCUGCUACUAUGCUCUACGUUGUGGUUUUGUUCUUCAUUUUUUACUCGCCGACGUUUUACGUUAUGAUUAAGUUCUUAGACUCGACACCAAAGUUCUUCAGCGAAGAGCAAACAGUUUUAUGGGAAGUUGCAAAGACCGCAGCGCUCAUAAACUCGUCGGCUAACCCGCUAAUGUACUACUGGAGAAUGAGGGAAAUUCGACGCGCUGUAAGGAGUGUGUUUAGCCAUUCAUCAGUGUUAAGAAUUCAUGUCGGAGAUGGAACUACCCAUGCCUCGGGAAGCCGAGAGAAUGAGUGGAAAGGUCGGGCUGACCAGAGACAAAGUUCUUUUUCUGUAAAACGCAACUCGCAAGGGAACGUGUCUCGGUCCAACGUGGUUAUUUCUAGAGCAAGAUCCGAUAUGCAUCAAGAUCAUAGAACAGAGUCAACGAAAGUUGAAGUAGGAGAGAAAAAGUUGUUUCUUAUGCCACGAUUUCUAGAGCCUGGCCCCAGUUUUCAAACUGAGUAA